AUGAAAAGGGUGCUUGCCUGGCUCGAAAAAGCGGGCGCGCCUCCAUGGCUAAUUAUCAUCAUGCGUCCGGAGCUUGUUGAAGGAGCGGGGGAGACUCGGGGUGAAACAACCGACCGCACACAAUCCCUAGGGAAAUGCAAACAGUCUCCUGUGGUGCUAGCGAUUGCUCGUGACAAUUAUGAAAGCCUGUCGACUCGUGUGCCUCAGUCGUUGCUGGCAUCGCCAUGGACUAUGCAGGUACGACUCUUAACUAGUUGUGCUCACAGUCCGUUCUAA